GCAAUCAACGUUUUUGGUCAUAAAAUUUUCUUACCAAAAAAGAAGCAAAGAAAAAUAGUCCAAACUGAAAACAGGGCAGAAACAGAGCCAGAGCUUUAAAACUCGGUUCUUCAUUCAUCGAUGGCGUCGAGGAAGACCAUCUUCCAUUCAAAACCCAACUCCAUCUUCCCCACCUCAUCGAUCGGCGACAACCCAAUUGGCUCAGACGGGCUCUUCGAGUUCGACGAGGCCGAUAUAUGGAGCUCGUCAAACCCAGUUGCAGAGCAGAAGAAAAGCGCCAUACCCAGUUACAGAGAGCUGAAGAAAAUGGGGAGGAAGUCGACGAUGCUGAUGAGCAUGGCUGAUCAGAAAAGUAGUGCCAAGGUGACGUCAGCGUCGUUGCCGGUGAACAUUCCGGACUGGUCCAAUAUUCUGAAAGAGGCGUACAAAGACCAGAGGCAGAGGGACAGCGAUGAAGACGGCGGAGAAGAAGAUUUUGACGGUGGCGAUGAUGAUGAUGAUGGCGGAGAUGGGAGGGUCCCGCCUCACGAGUACUUGGCGAGGACGAGAGGGGCUUCGUUUUCUGUUCAUGAAGGGAUUGGGAGGACCUUGAAAGGCAGAGACUUGAGGCGAGUGAGAAAUGCGAUUUGGAAAAAAGUUGGGUUCGAAGAUUGAAAGGUAGCAAAUUUUAGAACUUAAGGCCAAAAAAAAUAAAAACAGAGACUUACUGGAAAUUUUGGUAGGGCAAGCAAAGAAAAAUUUGAAGUCAACGAUGACUGGUUUCUAAUUUAAUUUAUAUCUAUGAUCCCCGUUAAAAUGGUUUGAUAUUUUAGAAGGGACUUGGCAACGGAUCUUGAUCUUAUUUUGAUUAUUAACAACAUUUAUGUGUUUUUUUUCUUCUGGUACUGGUUUGAUCUUUCUGGGUUUGUUUUGCUUUGGGUGCCUGAGUUUUAUGAGAGGACCUGAGUUUUGCAGAGCCCAAAGUCUCUUAAUGAUAUUUUGGUUUUGAGAUCA